GAAGAAGAAGAAGAAGCCACUUUACCACAGAGCCCGUCCCGGCGCGGCUCCUGCCCUUUCCUCUCUCUCCGCCCGGCCACGUCGGCACAGGCUGCAGAGGGCCGGGGGUGAGGAGGCGGGAGGGCCGCGCCGAGAAGGGGACGGGCUCUCCGAGUUCACGCCCGGCCCUCCCCUCUGCUGCGAGGCUCAUUCCCGCCCGGAGCAGCGGCGCCUCCAAGCCGGCCGUCCUGCCUGCCUGCCUGCCUGCGAGACUCGGCCCGCCUUCGCCUCGACAGUACCUCAUAUGGAGAGAUGAAAGAAACCACUAAACUCGUUUAAGGACCAGUUAUGCAUUAUGGCUAAAGCGAGAAGACCAGUUACCCGGAAUGUCUGUACUGUUUUCAUUUUUAUAACAGCUUUCUGGAAUAAUAUACAGUCUACUGAGGAAACUGGAUUCUCUGCCGUCUAUUCAGACAGAUUUCUUAAUCAAGUUCCUAAGAACCUCCCUGCAGAAGCAACAGUGCUGGAUUUAUCACAUAAUAAUAUCUCUCAGCUCCAGAUUUCAGAUUUCAGUUAUAUUUUGAGAUUGCAGGUAUUAAACCUGUCUCAUAAUGUCAUCCAAGAGCUUAAUUUCAGUGUCUUCCAAUACAAUGAAAACUUAGAGCACCUGGAUUUGUCACACAAUGUCUUACAGACUCUUUCUUGUCAUCUUGCUCUAAGUCUCCGGCAUUUGAAUCUCGCUUACAAUAACUACACCGACAUGCUCAUGUGCCCUGCGAUUGACAUGCCGAAACUGCAAUAUCUUGGUUUAGGUGCUAAGAGGAUACAGGGAUCAGAUUUCAGUGCACUUACUAAUUUACAGCUGGAUACUCUCUUCCUGAGCCUAGAAGACCUCUCUGAAUAUAGACCUAAAAGUAUUCCAGUGUUCAACAUGAAGACCAUUCAGAUUGUAUUUCACCCCCACAGAGAUUUCCGUAUUCUCUCAGAUCUAGAACUCAAUGCUACGGAAAGUUUAGAACUGUGCAACAUCCAUGAUGAGCAAGUCAGUGAGUUAAAAAUGUUCUUGCUGAAACUUAGUAGAAGAGGAAGAUUACUGAACUUAACAUUGAACAAUAUGCGGUGUUCCUGGGAUGAGUUCAUCAGCAUUCUGCAAGCUGCAUGGGAAACCACUGUUGAACAUUUAGUUAUCUCUAAUGCCACUUGGAUGGAUGCAACUAAUGCAAACAAUUUUAAUUAUACCAAAACAUCUCUCAAAACAUUAGUAAUUAAGCAGACUAUAAUCACUUCAAUUAAAUCUGAUCCACAACACAUGUAUAGGAUAUUUUCGAACAUGAACGUCACAGCAUUGACUGUUUCUGGUGCCAAGCUGAUACACAUGCUUUGCCCUUCCAAUCCCAGUCAGUUUACCUACCUAUGUUUUUCGGAUAACAUUUUAACAGAUGCAGUUUUCAAAAACUGCAAUAAUUUGGCACUCCUUGAAACGCUUAUUCUAUCAGUAAAUCAGCUAACAAGUCUAAUAAAAAUGAGUUUAAUGACCAGCUGCAUGAUGUCUCUGAAACAUUUGGACAUGAGCCAGAAUUUGUUGCAAUACGAAGCCCAGGAGAAAGGGUGCCACUGGGGUGAAAAUCUGGCUGAACUGAAUUUGUCAUCGAACCUGUUGUCCCAUUCGGUCUUUCACUGUUUGCCAGUCAACAUUCAAAAGCUUGAUCUACAAAACAACCUGAUUGCCAGCAUCCCCAAAGAGACGGUUGAGCUCAGAGCUUUGGAAGAAUUGAAUCUGGCUUUUAAUCGGCUGUCUGAUCUUCCUGGAUGUGGUCAGUUUAGAAGUCUGAGACUACUGAAUACAGAGAUGAAUUCAAUCGUUGCACCAUCUCCUGAAUUCUACCGUACCUGUCAAAACAUCAGAGAAGUCAAAGCAGAGCACAACCCCUUCAGGUGUUCCUGUGAAAUAAGAGAGUUCGUGGACCUUAGCAAACAAGGGUUAAUGGUCUUGGUUGGCUGGCCUGAGUCUUAUUUGUGUGAAUACCCAGAAGAUGUAAGAGGAAUCCAGUUAGAGGAAUUUCAUGUCUCUGAACUUGUCUGCAACACCACGCUUCUGGUUGCCGUGGUUCUAGUCAUUACAGUGGUCUUUGUGGCUGUCGUUUGUGGCCUGUGCAUCUAUUUGGACAUCCCUUGGUAUCUGAAGAUGAUAUGGCAGUGGACUCAAGUGAAACACAGGAUUUGGAAAAAUAAGCCUGAAGAUGUUCUUGAUCAUCUCGAAUUCCACGCCUUUAUCUCGUACAGUGAGCACGAUUCGGACUGGGUGAAGAAUGUCUUGAUUCCCAACUUGGAGAAGGAGGAUGGUUCUAUUCAGAUCUGCCAACAUGAGAGGAACUUCAUUGCAGGCAAGAGCAUCGUAGAGAACAUCAUAGACUGCAUUGAGAAAAGUUACAGAUCCAUCUUUGUGUUGUCUCCCAAUUUUGUGCAGAGCGAAUGGUGUCAUUAUGAGCUCUACUUUGCCCAUCACAAGCUAUUCCAAGAAAACGCCAACAACUUAAUCCUGCUCGUGCUAGAACCAAUCCCACCCUACAUCAUUCCCACAAAGUAUUACAAACUAAAAGCUCUCAUGGCCAAGAGAACCUACAUGGAGUGGCCUGCAGAGAAAAGCAAGCAAGGACUUUUCUGGGCGAAUCUUAGGGCUGCUAUUCAAAUUAGGCUUCCAGAGAAAUUAAUACAUUUUGAAUGAAAAUUAUUUUUUUAUUUCUUUGAAAUGAAUUAAAGAUUAAAGCAA